AUGCGGCUUAGUAGUAGUGGUAAUCCUCACUACACCUGGACCUGCUCUAUUAGAGACUGUAGUACCUGUGAGGGUGGCAGCUACUGUAGCGACUACACCCUCACAGUGUACACAGAGGGAGCAGCACCUGAUAUCCUAUCACCUGAAUCCAGCUGCAAAUACAGAGAUACGGUGAGGCUAGAGAGGAUUGAUACCUUUAUUGUGUACGAGAUAGUGGUAAUCGGGAAGCAAGACUUCGAACCGAUUACUGAGAUCCUGAACAGAGUGAAUUGGAAGGACUUGAGAGACGCAAGCACUUUUGAAGAAUUUCCCGCAGAGUUUACACGGACAGUGCUUAAUAUAUGCCUGGAAAAUGUUCCUCGGAAACGACCACCAACUGGCCAGCCGAAGCUUUAUAAUUCGCUGAGAAGGAAGAAGUCACGACUUAAAACCCGUCUCUCUGCUGCAAAGUGUGCCAAUGACCUAGCUCGAAUCAAGAAACUUGAAGACGAAAUUGGAUUAAUUUGCUAUGAGAUCAAGGAAGCUAUAGUCCACCAUCUUGAUAAAGGUGAAAAGAGAGCAGUGGAUAAAAUUAAAGUCAAUCCUAAAUACUUUUACUCAUACGCUAAAUAUUUUUCUAAAGUUAAGCACAAUAUUUCAACUCUUCUAAACCGUGAUAAGAAACUGGUGACUGAACGGAAAGAGUUAGCUAAUAUACUGCAGCAACAGUUCUGUUCUGUCUUUAGUGACCCCAACUGCCCUGAUAAGUCACUACCUACAUUUACAGUACCACCUCUCACUAGCAGGGAUACAGAACUGGUACUCACACCUAACCACAUCGUGGAAGCUAUAUCUGAGAUUAAGCUGGACUCUGCACCCGGACCCGAUGGUAUUCCUGCUAUUCUCCUCAAAAGAUGUGCUUCAAGCUUGAGUGUUCCGAUUCAUCUCCUCUGGUCUGAGUCCAUGUAUACAGGCAUAGUCCCAACUUUCUACAAGACUGGAUAUGUCACACCGCUUUUCAAGAAAGGUAGCAGGUGUGAUGCUGCUAACUACAGACCGGUUACUCUGACCUCACAUGUAGUCAAAGUCUAUGAAAGAGUGGUUAGGAAACACAUGGUUCAGCAUCUCGAAACCAACAAUUUGUUAUCUGACAAACAACAUGGUUUCAGAUCGAACAGAAGCUGCUUGACCCAAAUGCUCGAUCACUUUGAUGACAUCUUUGAAGGGUUUACUCAGGGGAAAGACACAGACUCCAUAUACCUCGACUUUGCCAAGGCGUUUGACAAAGUUGACUUGGACCUUCUCUUGUUAAAGUUAAAGAGAUACGGAUUUCACGGCAAACUUCUAAGCUGGAUCCAGUCAUUUCUCUCUGACCGUGAACAGGUUGUAGUCCUAAACGGUGUUCAUUCGGACAGUGCCAGGGCUGAUCUGUACGGUAUUCUCGACUGGUCACGCUGCAACAACAUGAAGCUCCACGAACAGAAGUUUGAGCUCCUGAAUCAUCUCCACAAUAGAAAAAGUACCUUUUCUGAACUUCCUUUUUACGUGGAAACUCUACUUUACAAGGUCUCCAGCGAGGAAAUACUACAUCCCGUUGAGAACGUUAGAGACCUCGGAGUUAUGGUAUCAAGCGAUCUGAACUGGUCCAAACAGAUCGGUAAUAUGGUCAAGAAAGCUAGAAGCACACUGUCAUGGGUGUUUAGUGUCUUCAAAACUCGUGAUAGGACCGUAAUGACUACCCUAUAUAAGUCUUUGGUCAGAAGCCUACUAGAGUACUGUUGUCCGCUGUGGGACCCUGUUAAGGUGACUGAGAUCCAGCUUUUGGAGGGGGUCCAGCGAACAUUCACCGAUCGUAUAUGCGGUCUGGAAAAUAUGAACUACUGGGAGAGGCUUUCACAUCUAAAGCUAAUGUCACUGCAGCGCAGAAGGGAACGGUACACUAUUCUGAUGAUGUGGAAGAUCCUUCACAAUGUUGUCCCCAAUUGCAGCAAUAUAAGGUUCACAAAAACAUCCAGACAUGGUACCCGAGCAAUCAUCCCUUCCCUGUCUAGGCUGAGUUCCUCGAGCAACCAGACACUCUAUGACAGCUCAUUUGCUGUAAGAGGACCAAAACUGUGGAACAAAGUGCCUGAUAAUAUUAAAGCUGAAGCUACGUUUGAGUCGUUUAAAGUGAAGUAUACCGAAAAUGACGAUUGUAUCAAGACUAAAAGAUAA